UCUCACGUUAACAUGUUGACAGUUUGAUUCGAGGUGGGCACCUCUCUCAGAACAAUGUGUCGUUGCUCGCAGACGAGUCGGACCGUGGCAUAACGUUCCAACGUUUACAAAACAUCAUUGAAACUCGAUUGUUUCAAUAAAAAAAAUCACUACAAAACGAUCAAACAUAAGUCAUUAUUCACAAACAUUGCAACUGAAUUCCGGACGAGAACGAUGUGUUAACAAUAACUGUAGUAACGUGAUAGUAUUCUUAACAAACGCAUAAUUGGAAAAAUGUAGUUGGUGUUGUGUUUCGUUGUGAUAUUAAAGUGUACAUCUGGAUUGUGUACGAGUAGCAUAAUGCUGUACGAUAAGGUGAUUAAUAUAAUAAUAUUAGUGACUGCAGCUAAGGCUGUUCAAUAUCCCAACUAUCCAACAUCGGCGAUGUCUGCCGAUGAAAGAGUAUUUUUAGGUGAAAACAAAAAAAGUGACCAAUCAAAUGAAAGCGGACAUGAAGUGGAAACAGACGUUGAGGAUAGUAAGAAGUUCUUACAAGAUGCAAUGAAAGCAGUAUUAGAUCCUGCUACGGUAAUAGUUAAAAAUGACGACCUAGUUGAGAAUUUUAAAGUUCAGCUACAAGAAAUAGAUAAAGAGAAUACAACUUUAGAAUUAUUUAUUGAAGAAAUGGAUAAACUUAGCUUAGAAGUAUGUAAAAUGUCACAAGAUGCUUUAUGGGCUUUCGUAACGGAUAUUAAUAAUGAGAAUAAGAAAAAGAAAAUGAUACGUGUAGCUGCCGAAGAAGAUGAAAUAAAAAAACAAUAUUGGCGAAUAUUAAAGAAAAAAUAUUUAGAUGAUCAACAAAUUAUAAACGAUUUAAAGUUAAAGAGAAAAUUAAGAAUCAUCAAGGAACGAGGAACUAAUGUGCAAAUGCCUCAAAGCAAACAAAGAGAAGAAAUAGACACAAUGCAGCGUAUUUGGAGUCGAAGUACGGUGUGCACCUUCAAUGUAACUGAAUGUGAUACUGAGACUUUACUAAAAACAAUGAGUGACAUCAUAACAACAUUCAAAACUAGUAACAAUACUGAAGAAUUAGCAUAUUAUUGGAAAGCCUAUCGAGACGCGACUGGUAAAAAAAUCCGGCCAAUUUUUAAAGAUUAUGUUGUAAAAAUGAAUGAUGUGGCACAAUCUGAAAACUUUACUGAUGCUGGUGAAAUGUGGCGAUAUGCUUUUGAAGAUGAAGAUUUUCGCGGAACUGUCAAUAGAUUAUGGGCAGAAGUAAAGCAUUUAUAUGAUAAUUUGCACACUUAUGUUAGAGCUAAACUGAAAAUGUAUUACAAGAAAGAACUUGAAGCUGAAAACAAGUUAAUUCCAGCUCAUAUUUUAGGUAAUUUGUGGGCUCAAGAAUGGCAGGCGAUUUAUACAAAAGUAGCGGCAUAUCCUAACAUUGAAAGACCUUCAAUUGCUGAAGAAGCGAACAUGCUGCCAGCGGAUCUGUUCAGUGCAGUGGAUGAUUUUCAUCAGUCUUUUGGCUUUGACAGUUCAAAUGAUACAUAUCGAGAGAUAAGAGAAACAACGUCAACAGCGAAUUGCUUACCUUCAAGUCAUGAUAUGUGUGAUGGUGUCCAUUACAAAAUCAAAUGGUGUGGUGAUCAUGUACGCGACAUAACUCUAGAACUGUCGAGAGCGGCUAGACUACUUGGGCAUGUCCAAUAUUUCAUGCACUAUCGGAAUCUUCAACCUCUUUACAGGGACGGACCGAAUCCUGCCUUCCACGAUGCAAUCUCCGACAUCGUAGCUAUACAGUUAACCUCGCCAAAGUAUCUGCAAACCUUGAGCUUCGUGAAGGUUACAACCGGCGUUGAAUCUACUAUCAAUCACUUGCUUUGGCUCGCUCUUGAGAAGUUCCCUUUGAUGGCAUACGCAUAUGUUUUGGAUAAAUGGCGAUGGGACAUUUUUGCAGACAGUAGUAUAGAAAACUGGAAUGAAUAUUGGUGGGAACUGAGGACAAAAGAAAGUGGUAUAUCGCCUCCUGUUCCCCGCAAUGAAAGUGAUUUGGAUCCUGCAGCCAAGUACCAUGUUGUUUCACACGUCCAAUACAUAACGUAUUUCAUUUCACAUAUCUUAGAGUUUCAAAUAUUGUUAUCAUUAUGCAAGAGAGCGAAUCACACGGGACCUCUACACGAAUGUUCUAUAUACGGCGUCAAGGAAGCGGGAAAACUCUUAAGCGAUGGAAUGUCUCUCGGGGCGAGCGAAGACUGGCAAACGGUGCUACAUACAAUGACUGGUGAAACAGAAUUAUCCACAAAAGGCAUUCUUGAAUACUUUUCACCUCUUAACGAUUUUCUUAAACAAGAAAAUGCUAAGCUUUUAGCAGAUGAAGAUAUGGACAAAAGUGCCCCCAUUGUUGUAGGAAUUAUUGUUGUCAUUUUGACUGUUUUGAUGUUUAUAGUAUACUGUGUGAAGAAAAAAGAUGCGAUUAGUAGAUUACUUUCUUUUUGUGGUUUUAGUAAAAACGGCUCUUUAGAUAUAGCUACCAAUGACCUAUCGCAAUGUAAAACAAAUGAUAGUUCAGUUGGUGUAAACGAGGCUAAACUGUAAAAUUGCAAGUAUAUAUACAUAAGUUUAUUUAGUUAGUAUUUUUUAAAUAUUUCAGUUAAGUUUGAUUUAAAAAUACUAGGUAUUACAUAAUUGGAAUCUCACAAUAAAAUUAUAAUCGUGUUCUGUAUUUA